AUGUCCCAGCCAUCCAAGAGGCUGUCACUCAAAGUCCUCAAAGCCAAGAACGAAAACAACAAUUGGUCAUAUGCACCAAGUGCGGAUGCGUCCCUCCAGGAUGCGGCGCUUAAGGUAGUUGGCGCAGAAACAGCAUCUUCUUGUGUCUUGAAAAGGCUUUCCUCCCAAUCUGCUGAUGCGGCUGAUGUAGCAUCAUCGCCAGACCAGAUUAGAUGUGAAGUGGUAGCCUUUCUUCCAGAUAUACAGCCCGAAACCCCCAAAAUCAACAACAUGGGCCAAUACAUCAGCGUUGAUGGUCGCCCUCUUUCCAAUAGCAGGGGCAUUGGACAAGAGAUUACCAAAAUUUUCAAGACUUAUAUCCGUUCUGCCAUAUCCAAAAGCGAGUCUCCCAAGCAAAUGACCGAUCCAUUUCUCGGGCUGCAAAUCUUGUGUUCACGUGGAAUUUACGACGUGAACAUCGAACCGGCCAAGGACGAUGUCAUGUUCGAGGACCGAGACUUGGUCUUGGCCUUGGUUACGCGUCUGUUUCGAGAACAAUACGGGGAAACAGAAAGUGAGGAGACUACUGGCACUAAGCAGCGAAAGGAGAAUUCUCCCAAGCGUCCUCGAAUACCCAGUGGUUUCGAUGUUUUGAUGGCGAGGAAGCCGGUCCCAGAAUCUCAUACUGGCCCUCUGUUUUCAGACGAUCAUUCAAGUGCUAGCACAACGAAUGCAAGGCUUUCACAACAAAAGACUCCCAUCAAGGAUAUUACCGGCCCGACAAAGAACGUUGGCAAUGAAUCCAAUGGCUCAGUUGAAAAAGCAGCAAAGAGACUGGGGAGUUUCAACCCGGAAUCCAUUUCAAGAAUCAACGCCUCCUUUCAAACGCCCCUGCGCGGCUCUGUAUCUCAAAUCAGCCCAAGGUCUCGUAACCAGCCAAGCUACAACACCCGAAGGCCAGAAGGAGGGCAUAAUGACCAGGAAGGUGUCCAGUGCUCGCCAACCAACUCAGAUCUACCAAGCCCUCCAAUUUCUCGAAUUCACCUCGGGUCACCAGUCAGGAGUCGUCGACCACAGCCCCAAGCGUCCCCGGAGAGUUCUCCAGAAAUUGAUCGCAUGUCGAGUUUCCGACGCGCAGACCGCGAGCGUGAUCGCGAGCGAUACGGCAAUGGGGCUCUUGACACUUGGUUUCUGAGAACCACCCAAGUGUCCUUGGAGGAACCCUUGACGGAAGAGGCAGCGCCCUUGCAGGAACCCACUGAGCUACCACUCUCUUCACUCGCCGAAAAAAGAUUCGGAUCCGAACCCUCGGGAGAUGGAAGAAAUGGGGAUGAACAACAUGGUGCUUGUUUGGAAGGUUCUUCUCAAGACGCUUCACCUCUUUUAGCCCACAACACCAUAUCUCCCCCAGAUCAACAAGAUGAUCAAGAUCAUACGUCGAUGGACAGUGGACGAGGAUUCCCAGUUCUCGAACGAUGGGCUGCACAACUCCAUCAAGACGGCGCUCAGGCUGAACCAACUGAUCUGGAGAAAGCACUGGAUUUCGAAAAACGCAAGAGAGAGGCAAUCCAAAGCAGACGCUUAAAGCAAAAAAGUGGCGGAACAGUACCAAGUUCACAGCAAGAGCCGAUACCGCAGUCCUCCCAAAACAGUCGAUAUCUUGCUGCUAAAGCGGCGUUGACAUCGACCGGUGCUUCUAUCGGAGAAUCAUUCUCUGCCACAAAGCUUGCUCCCAAUGACCCGCGAGCGUAUCUCAUCCGUAAUCAGGAUAUCUCUGUCGGGAGAGACACCUCGGAGGCCGAAGUGAAGGGCCGAAGGUUACUGACCAGCCGACUACCCUUUGAGCGAAUACCCGAUUGUCUCGCAUUGUACAAUAUGGGUAUUAAAUGCUCGGUUGAUCAGAAUCUUGGUCCUGACGCUUUCAAUAUGUGCGCGCGUGAAGACGAGUACACUCGAACUGGUGACCAGGCCAUUGCCUUCUCACCAGCAGCGGUGAAAGAUUGCUUGCCGCUCUGGAAUGCACGCCUGCAGCAGAUCAUGAAAGACAAAUAUGAAUCGAAAGAUGACCUGCAACUAUUCUGCGAUAAAGUCGAUAUAUCUUCCGCGAUCACUCAACAUUUGAACGCUUUCGAUACCGAACAAGUUUGA